UUGAUCUUAUGGAUUUCUUUCAUAUUACCAAUAAGUUAAAUAGGUUUAUAUAUUUCCUUUGUAAAAAUAUCUGAAUUUGUUAGCAUGUUUGAGAAUCUAAUAUUGAUUGAUAGUUGUUUAGAUACAUAUAAAUAGUUAUUAUAAUCUACUAAUUUAGAGUUAUCAUUUUAUAAAAUACAUCCACGUAUAAACGCAUACACAAACUAUUUGUAUUUCAUAUAACCAAGCUAUGAAGAAUGAAAUAGAAGAGAGGUUUGAAGAUUGGAAAGGUAGAGAGGCAAUCCCUGGCAAACAUGGUGGGAUCGGACCGGCAGCUAUUGCUUGUGUUGUAGAGGUGAUGGAGAACAUAGUGUUCGUUGCUAAUGGAUUCAAUUUCGUUGAAUACUUCAUGAGUUCGAUGCACUAUUCACCAGCCACAGCAGCAAACAUGGUCACUAACUUUAUGGGAACAACGUUUUUGCUCACUCUUCUUGGUGGUUUUAUUGCCGAUUCUUUCCUCACUAAUUUCACAACUUUCAUCAUCUUUUGUUGCUUAGAACUCAUGGGAUUAAUCUUGCUGACAUUCCAAUCUUAUAGCCCGAAGCUCCAGCCUGAGAGUGAUAAAACACCCUCAACUCUUCAAGCAACGAUUCUUUUUACAGGACUUUAUGCGAUGGCUUUUGGUGCUGGCGGUAUCAAAGCCUCGUUGCCCACCCAUGGAGGCGAUCAACUUGACAGGGGAAAUCCAAGACUGAUCUCAAGAUUCUUUAAUUGGUUUUACUUCUCUAUAUGUUGUGGAUCCAUCUUGGCAGUAACUAUCGUGGUGUCAAUCGAGGAGAGCAAAGGUUGGUUUUGGAGCUUUACUAUCUCAGCCGGGACUCUAGCCCUUGCACUCUUUAUUUUCAUGGCAGGGUUACCGUUUUAUCGAUUCAAGUCUCCUACUGGAAGUUCAUUGACAAGGAUCACAAAAGUGAUUGUUUCUGCUGCACGAAACCGAAAUAAGUCUGCUUUGGAUGAGGAGAUGAUGCAAAGUCUUAUCUCUACAGACGAGGGCAUUUCUCAUAACAAGUUGAAGUGUUUAGAUAAAGCAAUGUUGAACAAAAACAUCUCAGCAAUAGAAGUUGCGGAAACAAGAACAUUUUUGGGUCUCCUACCAAUCUUUUUUAGCACGAUUGCUAUGAACUGCUGCUUGGCACAACUAUCGACCUUCUCGGUACAACAAGGCAUGAUCAUGGACAGAAAACUCUUUGGUUCCUUCGAGAUCCCCGUGCCUUCUCUAGUCGCUAUUCCUCUACUCCUCGUGAUUUUAUCUGCACCUUUAUAUGACUAUUUUGAAAAAAGAAUCUCAUUAGACAUAUCACCAAGCUUUAAUUUAUAUCGCAUCAGACUUGGCCUAGCUCUCUCAUCUUUUUCGAUGGUGAUUGCAGCGAUUGUGGAGACGACGAGGAAAUAUGUAGCGGUUCAUUCCGACUUCAAAAUAUCUGUUUUAUGGCUAAUGGUUCAGUAUCUCUUGCUAACUGUGGCUGAUACGUUGGCAUUUGGAGGGAUGCUAGAUUUCUUUUAUAGAGAAGCUCCAUCGAACAUGAAGAGUAUGAGCACGGCAUUGGGCUGGUGUUCGACCGCAUUUGGUUUCUUCCUUAGCACAGCUCUUGUGGAAGUUACCAAUACCAUCACAGGUUGGCUUGGCCAUCAAUGGCUUGGUGGAGAAGAUCUCAACGAGACAAGUCUUGAAUUGUUUUAUGUGGUCCUUUUUGUUCUUAAUACUCUUAAUCUCCUUAACUAUAACUUCUGGAUGAAAGGAUAUUAAGCGAAUAACGAAAUAGUAAAGUAUCAAAUAUGUAUGAAUUAUGUCAAAAAUGUCCAUGAGAUAUAGUUCUAGUAUUAUCUAGUAUGUUGUAUUAUUUUGAUAUGUCAUCAUCCAGAUUCAACAUGAAUAUCAUAAAUAUUGUUGACAAAUUAAAUGAAUUUUGAAAAUAUUUAUUCAUAAAAUACUGAGUUUCACAAAGAAGCUUUGAAUUAUUAUUUUACUGCAAAAAAUAAAUUAUGUAUACUGGGAAUCAGUUGCAUGUUAUGCAUCACAUUCUUUAAACCUUUUACUUUUAGGGUUGACAUAGUUGGCAAUUGGCAUAAUCACCAUUAUACGUACAGCGGAAUUGGUUUGGUGUAUAUAUAUCUGUUCUGUGAAACGAAACAAAAAACAAUUGUGCAAGGAAACGAGUAACGGUCUUAUAGUGACGCAUAAAAUCACAUGAGAAAUGCUCUGAUUCCGUAGCUACACCAACUUAUGUCUUCAUCUUCAUUGUUGCAGUUUUUUUUUUCUUUUUUUUAGUGAAACUUUUUAUUUAUUGAUUUUGAACCCUAAACGGCAACCAAAACAGUAACCUCCGGCUGGGAUUAAAGACAAAUAGUGGCUAAGUGGAAGGGAAAAAGUAGGUGACAUCUGACUUUCCUCUAGUCCGAAAUUAUUAGCUCUACAUGUGGCCACGCGGAUAUGGGUCCAUGCUUACGGCCCAUUUGAGUACCCGGAAGAGGAUCCAUCCGUAGGUUGCACCUUCUACCCGGGAGUUAGGUCUGUGUUUUUAAUAGAUCAGGGUUUAACCCUUUAAAAAAAAAAGUAGGUGACAUCGGGGAGGAAGAGAGAACACCUGUGGACGUGAGCAUAAAAACAGAGCCAUCGCCGGAAGAAGAGUUGAGCGCCGGGUUGUCCAGAUCUGGCACAUAGAGCCCCUGGAAAUAGGAUAAUAAUCCUAUCUACCGGAUCUGGUCUUUCUCGUUGAAGUCUGACCCACGGCCAAUUGCCUACAGCCAUAGAAAUAGCUGACCGCCGCCUUCCACAUCUGGACCAGCUAUUUAGCCGCAUUUGCCAGCUCCACUCUCAGAGUUCGGUAUUGCUUUUAUUCAUGCACAUGUUCAAUAUGUCUAGUCUACCACAAUGGACCAAAGUAAAUUAGACCUUGAAGAUAGUAAAUAUAUUACUAAUAUAAGCGGAGAACGUACCACUGUAUCAAUCACGGACUUGUUCACAUUCUUCAAGAAGAUGGCAUGAGCCUGUAAAUAUUAAAACCACACCACAAAAGAAGAGAUGGGUAUUGCAUGCUUUUGUUAGGUUGCAGAUAAAUUUUAUAUUAAACAUGCAAGUUAGAGAUGGCAAAAUGUCGACAAAUGCCUUAACAGGACCUCAGAUGGAUACAAUAGAAGACUCAAUGAGACAACCGUAAGCUUCCCAUGGAGCAAUCAAGUAAGGAUGAUAAUCGUUAGCUCAGUGACCAGCUAGGACAUGCUAAAAUAAAUUGCAAUUACAUAUAUGAUAUUUAGCAGUACAUAAAUGUGAAUACAAUCUAUAUAUUUUACAAAACUGAUUGUUUUACUGAAUUAUAAACCAUAUAUUUGAAAUUUCAAUCCAAUAAGGUGAGAAACCUUUUUAUUAGCACCCACUUGGUCAAUCAAAUCUGGAUUCAUAAAAUCCCAACAUUUGUUUCUAUACGUGUCACGAACAUCUUCACAUGAAUUGUAGCAGUCAGGCUUUUGUCCUGCAAGGAAAAACAACAUACGUCACAUGAAAGCUAGGAAAGAAAGAUUGAAAACAAGCCAUCAAUUAUUCUGAAAUGAAACUCUUCCCCUCAAACUGUUGUGGUUGCUUCACUGUGAAAAUGAAUCUCUGUGGGUAUCUUGGAUGAAAAGAAACAGGCUAAAAGGUGCAAGCUUUUGGAGCUUUGGUGAGAAGAAGCACCAGUCUUGGAUUUGGAAAUCCAUCCUUCGCAUCCGGCCCUUAGCUGAACAAUUUUUAAUUAAGAUGCGAAGUGAGAAAUGGUAUUUCGGCCAGCUUCUGGUAUGAUCAUUGGCUGCCACUAGGUCCUCUGAUCAGGUUCUUUGGUUAUAAUGGGCCUCAGUAUCUCCGUAUACCGCUGAAUGCAACAAUCAGAGAGAGAGAGAGAGAGAGCUGUCCAAGCAAUGGCUGGCUUAUCCGUCCUGCCAGAUCGCCUAAAGCGGAGCAUCUUCAGGUGCUCUGUUCAGUGCCGCUACCAGCUCAAUCUGGAUCUCCUGACAUUUAUAAAUGGUUCGUAAAUUAAGUCAGCUUGUCUAAGUUUCACACCAGCUUUACAUGGGAAGCUAUCAGGCAUAGAGGAGAGAAAGUUGAUUGGGUUUCUCUUGUCUGGUUUAAAGGUCAUACUCCAAAGCACGCCUUUCAUAUGUGGGUUACUCAACAGGAUAGGUUGCCUACUCGCGCACGGCUUGCUACUUGGGACCCAUGUAUUGAUGCAUCUUGCCUUCUUUGUGAUGGAUGUGCUGAGACAAGAGACCAUUUAUUUCUGAGAUGCAGCUUCAGUGAACAAGUCUGGCACCUUGUGACCAAACGUCUAAGCUACCGGCCUACUCUGUUCCAUACUUGGACAGCCUUUGGUGACUGGCUUAGUUCAUCAGACUCCACAUGCCCUACAACGCUCCGUUGGCUUGCUGCUCAAGCAACAAUCUACCAGCUCUCGGCAGAACGCAUUAAUAACCAUCUUCACAACACAACCUCUUCUACGCCUCAAAAGAUCCUCAAUGACCUAGACAGGCUAAUACGUAACUCAAUCCUUGCAAGGAAAAAGCGAAGGAAAUUCAGAGGUCUCAUGCAAGUUUGGCUAAAGCAUUUUUGAAAUGUUAAUUGGUGAUGUAUAAUACCAAUUUCAAAGUUUUUUUGGUGUUUUUAACUUUUUAUGGCAUCGUUUGGCUUUAUUGCAUAACUUUUUGUUUGUACAAAUUAGCUUCAUUUUAAUGAAAUUCACAUAUUUAUCAACAAAAAAAAAAGACUAUUAUGAAAUGAUAAGUUACUCAUACCAUAAAAGAAUGUCUCAUACC